AUGUCAGUACUGAGACAGGGUCAACUGUCAGCACUGAGACAAGCUCAGCUGUCAGCGGCUCUACUAGAGGAGAACCGAGCAGUGAGGCUCUCUAUCCUACCCUUCCUAGAACCACUGAUGGCACCUCACGUCGCCAUGUUGGAUCACAGCUUCUCUGCUGGGCUGACUUCUAUCACGUGGACCAGUCUCAAUGUGUGCAACUUUAUUGACAAAGUGAAGCAGAGCUUGCAGAAGUUGCGGCUAGACGCCGGACGAGUGAACGACAUGUACGAGUUCAGAAUCAGGGCGGGGCUGGACGGCAUCAUCACUCACGCCCUGCUAGAGCUGCCUCAGGACGAAGCGUGCUCGGUCAGCGAGCUGGUCGCGCGUACACAGGAACUCUGUGCUAGAGGAAGUCAGCUGCUAGAGGUACGAAGCCAGGCGGUGAAGAAUGCUGUAAAGGAGCUGAUUUCGCUACUGUUGCCCGAUCAGGACAACAAUCCUCUGCCCACUUCGGAGCCGCCCACAGAGCUGGGCCGGUACAGAUCUAGCGACGGGGGUGUGCGCGAUCCACGACCUGCUUCUACGUCCAGCCGCCUAUCUGCUUCCACGCGGGCGUCAGCUAAACAACCAAGCUGCACGAUGGAUAGUCUGAGGGAGGCAGCGAGAGACCUCUACCAGCACUUCUCCUCCCGAACACUGGAAGCGAUUGCCUGCGCCGUGCAGACGCCAUUAGAGACCAUCCGCAAGGUCUUCAUUGCCACCGCAUUGCAACUCUACAUUAACGAGAGCAGCGAGUCUCACGUCGUGUUCAGAGCUGACCUGGUGCUAGCCAUCCCUAGCAUCGUGCUGCAGCCGACUCUAGAGGACAUACAGCAGGCCCUCAGCCGCGUCUGCCAUCUCAUCGUCAACGUCACAAAGUCCGUCAGCGUGUGGGAGUCGGAGACGUACGGAGCGAAGGUGUCCACAAAAUCCGCACUGAAGUUCUUCGACGAUGGUCAGAGCGGCGAGAGCGAGAGCGCGGGCGGGGCGGAGGAGGCGGCGACACCCAGCGACGCCGUCACGCCC